AUGAAACGGGGUAGUGAUGGAUGUGGUCCGGAUGCUUCCCACCCCAGUUUGUGUUUUCAUCGCGAAGUACUGACUUGUCUACAGUGGUCUGUCAUCCGCCGUGACUUUCUGGAGAAAUUACGAUUUACUCCACUGCUUCGGUUCGCUGAACCAAAUAAGCUGUGGCGCCACAGUAAUGAGGCGCUCGGAAAGUGGAUCCUCUCACAGGUGGCACGGGACACAUCCAAUGGGAUGACAUCAAACGAUAUUAUUGCAUCCACUUCAAGCAGUUGCAUCACACCCUCACUCAGUUGUGCGAUGUCGUCUUUCUUUCCUUCCGAUGAUGCGUUAUCACGUGGAACUUAUGAUGAGCAACUCAUUCGUGACCUCUCGAUGAAGUGUACAACCCCCAGCAACCAAGAAACCAUUAAGUGCAUCACACAGCUAGUGAAGGAGUUCAACCUUGCGGAGCGUUGCAAGAGAGCCACAUCAGAGGUCCAGAGACAAAUGGCGAAUGUAACCCUUUCAUCGGUCUGCGUUCCAGUCAUCCGCACCAUAGCAGCAAACGAUGAGAAGAACCGCACGGCUGUGCAGAGGCGUAUACAAGGUGCGAUUGCCACUAUUGACGUGGUGUGGUCCAGGAACAUUCCAAGGGAUGCUCGAUCGGGUUGUCCCCAGGUUUCUAUCCCACUUGCCGCGUACAAAAAGCUUGACAUGAGUUAUCGCCAAUUCGGUGGCAAGAGCGAUGAGGAAAAGUAUCCACGACUCAGUUAUGAAAAGUGUUUUACUUUGCGAGCAGCAACAUUGGCGCUUCGGUAUGAGUGUUGCUUGGCAACGGGAUCUCUGCAGCUGUGUGCAGACCUGCGAUUGAAACAACACCUUCACGCUAACGGUUACCGAGUCAUAGAUUUAUGUGCUUCGCCCAUCAACGCGUAUAUGGGGGAACCCAAGGAGGGUUCCUAUCUUGUAGGCGAGAGUCGCGCUGAAGAGAAAUCAUCCAGUGAGGUCAAUGACUCCUUUAUUGGGUGUGAAAACACCCCAAAUCACUUCUGUAGUGCAUUUCCCGAUACGGACUGCUACUUUGGAAGUCUGGGGAGUGUGCUCAAAUUUGACGUUGUACAGGCGUAUAAUACGCCCCAAAUUAACCCGGAUAAACGUCCGCUCCUUCUUACCCUUGAUGUUCCGUACGACGAGGAUCUCUGUGAAAGAAUCUUUCUAAAGUUGGUCAGUGAUAUGAAGCGCGUCGAGACCGAAUUGGCAACGAUGGAAGGAAGUGUUAACACCGACUUGGUUGUUGCAGAUUAUGUGUUGGUGUUGCCUCUUUGGUGGGAAGUUCCACUAGAGAUCAAGAAGCGGCUCUUUUCGUGUCCAAAUGGUAGCGGGGAAGAGGCCUCGGCAACCGGUAACAUUGAGGGUAAGGAAGAUGAGGAAGAGGUACUUAAGAGAGUUAUUAGGGAACGCAGUGCGUUGUUGAAGGAGGGUCAUGUGCUUCCUUAUGAAUGGCCGGUGAAGUUGGCGGCAGCGGCUGGUGAGAAGUGGCCGUGUUUUGACGGUGUUUUCGUGGGAGGUAGUUAUGAGUACUUUUGCACCAUCACAAACAAGCGCCUCUCCGGUGUGACGGCUACGGAGGUGAUUGGGUUGGAGCAACCGCGGAGUGUUCGUGGCGGUAACUCGUUGCCUUCGUUGCGUACCUCACUUGACAGCUUCUACGGACGGCAGGUGACGGCGGCCGGACGGUGA